GGGUGCCCGAUGCAAGCAAAGCACGUGAACUGCGACCAUCUCAUAGCCGACGCGCAGCACAUCGACCACAGUAGCCGGUGGGGCUACCUCGGUUCUGCCCCAAACGGCGACCCAUAGCAUCACCAAAAACGCCGAUGGUUCGUUUUCCGUCUCCGUUGCUGGUGCUGCCUUUUUCUACCCUUUUGCUCGCUCCCCCAGAUUUUGUCUUCCUUCCCCGUGUUUUUUCGUUUUUUCGUGUCCAUUCCAAUCACUCAACCGCACACACCAAUCCCACAUUCACAAUGCCUCUUGCUACCGAGCUUACCAGACGACUGGGCAUUCGUGUCCCCGUCGUUCAAGGCGGCAUGAUGCACAUUGGUACCGCUGACCUGGCCGCUGCCGUCUCCAACGCCGGUGGCCUCGGCAUCAUCACAGCCCUCAUCUUCACCACGCCCGCUGCGCUGCGCGACGAAAUCCGCCGAUGCCGAACGCUCACCAAGAAGCCCUUUGCCGUCAACAUGACGCUGCUGCCCUCCAUGGUGCCCCCCGACUACCCCGCCUACGCGCAGACCAUCAUCGACGAGGGCAUCAAGAUUGUCGAGACGGCCGGCAACUCGCCCGGCCCCAUCAUCACGCAGCUCAAGAAGGCCGGCAUCAUUGUCCUGCACAAGUGCACCACCAUCCGCCACGCCCUGAGCGCCGUCAAGCUCGGCGUCGACUUCCUCUCCAUUGACGGCUUCGAGUGCGCCGGCCACGUCGGCGAGAGCGACAUCACCAACUUUAUUCUCCUUAGCCGUGCCCGCCAGACCCUCAAGAUCCCCUUCAUUGCCUCGGGCGGCUUUGCCGACGGCCAGGGCCUUGCUGCUGCCCUGUCGCUUGGUGCUUGCGGUAUCAACAUGGGCACGCGCUUCAUGUGCACUGUCGAGGCCCCCAUCCACCAGAACAUCAAGGAGCAGAUUGUCAAGUCGGAUGAGAACGACACAACGCUGCUGCUGCGCCGCUGGAAGAACACCACCCGUCUGUUCAAGAACAAGGUCACCAGAGAUGCCCUCAAGGUUGAGAAGGAGAGUACUACGGGCGAGUUCAGCGAGGUUGCUCCCCUCGUCUCGGGUAAGCGCGGCAAGGAGGUCUUCAUCAAUGGUGACCCUGAGUUUGGUGUCUGGACUACCGGCCAGGUCAUGGGCUUGAUUCACGAUAUUCCUACUUGCGCUGUCUUGGUUCGCCGCAUUGAGACUGAGGCCGAGACCUCCAUCAAGGAGAGACUGAACCUCAUCAUUCCCGAGUCCAAGCUGUAGACAUCUUACUAUAAACAUGUUCUGUGUACUUUAAACAAUGAAAUAUAUCAUGAUGAAUCUUUUGAAACAAUAAUGCGUCUAAUUUGUAAGCAAGUCUACUUCUAGUAAAGGAUCUAUGGCAAUUUGUGCUGGUUGCUACGGAUAAAACGUCGGGGAACUCAUGCUUCAUCGUCCCCGUUGAGCGCUUCGAGGACGACCAUGUCCGCGUCCGCGCCCUCCGUGACGUCGCUCUGUUGCUGGCGUCGCAUGCGUGUUUGGAUCCCGUGGACGGCGGGGAGUCCAGCAACUAUCCAGUCGCAUAUGCUCCUCGGAGUCGGCACGGGCACCAGUGUACGCCGCUGGGUCCGAGUACAGAGGCGCUGGGACCGAAUUCUCCUCCAAUGCCCAUUCCGGUGUGCUACAAAGGCUUACACCCGUCUCAAUCAAUGACACACGGCUUCUGGGAUGACCGCUGGUCCAGCCCUUUGGUGCGCGGUGGUAGGGCUCUUUGUCUUUGGAAACGUCCCGGGCCAAUGCUGGCGUAAUUUCCAUUACAGCGCCACAGAAGCCAGCGUAAAAGGUACCAGUGACAUCAGACGAUUUGGCCAGCGAGAAGCAUCGGUCGUAUUUGCUGUUGCCCAUGUUGAUUGUCACAUCUGGCUGCCAAGUAGGGCGGCGAGACUCUCUGUGCCAAACACAGCUCUCAUCAUUGCUGCUGCUGCAAGUAUUGUGCUUGGCUGCGCCCUUCUCUAAGCCGACAUGACCAUAGAGCGGAGGCGGAAAUGGAGGCUCGGAUGAACAAGACAAUCCAUCGGUAUGCUGGUAGCUCUUUGUCGGAUUGCGAAAUUCAAUGACCCGCAGCUCCAUGUAUCUAUUGUCGCCGGCAACAAAAUGUUCGGCACCAAAGGCAAGUAGGGCGCUGCUGGAUUGAUAGGGCUGGAAUCGAUCUCGGUAAACAGCGUCAUAGGGCGAUGCUGUGCGAAGGUCAUGCAAAUUGAUACUGCCAUUAUCCCAGGCGCUUAGGACAAUAUUGGGACCGCCCAGACCAUGAACAGGUUCAAUGGCACGAACAGUGAGCCGCUGGGACCAGUUGUUGAUAUCAACAUCAAGCUUUUCAAACGCCGCACUCAGGGUCGUCAUGUUCGGAACGGCAGGGAACAUCUCAAUCCCAUCGGGACGGAUCUGACCCCAUUGUAAUGGAUCUGUGGCGCUUCCCAAUGCGCAUGCGAUUGUAUCGGAACCCAGAAACUUGCAGCUUCUGAGCAGCGGUAAGGCCGUGCUUUCAGCAUUGGUAAAGUCAAACGUUUGACUUGGAGCAAUGGAUCUUGUGCUUGCCUUUAGGCUACUUAGAUCGUACAGGCGUAGUCGAGCACCCUGGCAGCUCGCAAGCAAGGCUGACUGCUGCUGAUAUGCGGUCCAAGUGACAGCCAGAUGACCGAGUGAGGUCACAGGAGGCAUUGAUGCAGGUUCUUGUUCGCACGCAAGCUCAGGCAAUAGAUCCACAUGGUUGCCUUUAAACCCCGUGGCAUGAAUGCUUUGUAGCCUCAGCGAGCCAUCUGCACGACCAAUGGCGACACCGGGGCCUCGCGCUUCGUCAACGACAGACACGGCUGUAACAUCUCCAGAGCCAGACAUGUAGCCAUCUACUGCCCCGCGAAGUUUCAUCCACGGCACUGGAGCUGUGCCCAAAUUAGGCCGGCGCCUGGACAAAACAUCUUCACCGGCGCCAACCACAAGCAGCUCUUCCAUGGAUGAAGAGAGCAGCCCUGCGUCCAGACACGGGUAGAAGGACACAGACUGCUGGAAUCGUCUGCCUGGUGGAAGGCCAUGUCGGUGGUGCGAGAGUUCCUCCUCAUAGCUGUUGAUGAAGAAGGCUCGCUUGGCCCAGCACCUAUCGAGAUACGUUAGGCGAUCAGCGACAUUGGAAUAAGUCAGCUGUGCCGAUGCUGGGAUCUUCAACGAUGGGAACUUUGCCUGAGCAAAGGACUUCCAGCCAUUGUGUCUGGUAAGGUAAUCGGUUCGUCGGCAUACGCCCUGGAAGGCAGCUACGUCGCGGGCCGAGUCGAGUCGCCCGACGACGUCGUGAAGGAGCUCAUCUGGUAGUGUAAUCAGAGAGCUACGGACCAUUAUACUGUGGUGAAAAGAGCAGUCAUUGGAGGAACGAGCUGAGUCGUUAUUCACAAGACAUUUUUCUUUCUUUUUCUUGGAGAGUUGAUCUCGUUGUUAAGUUGUUUCUAUUGAGUUUCGAGGCGACUAGGCAAUUGUCGCGUUUGGUCUGGCCGUUUAGUUUUUGCGUUCUAGUUUGUAGGAAGAAAAGUUGUGCAGACUGGCUGCCUGGUUACUUAAAUUUCC